AAACGAAUUGAGCUGAGCGCGGCCGGUUGCCAUGACGACCCCGAGGCCAGAACGGCCUCAGUCCAUUGGCUGAGAUGCCGGAGCCAAUGGGAAGGCGCGGUGUUGGCGGGGUCUUAAGAUGGCUGCCGGGCCGCCGGCUCCUGACGGAAGAAAAGAUGUGGAGUGGGCUGCUACCUCCUGGCCUAAAUGAAAGUGAUAUUGAGUUGAAUUCUGAAGAUGAAGCCCCAUUAGAGAACUCUGAACUUAACUUUCAGGAAGAUAAAGAAGAUGGGGCCAUUACAAAAGCAGAGAUCUCCGAUCUCUCAACUGAUGGACCAAAGCCUGGAGAAGAGGCAAAUGUGAAUGCAUACAAAGAGUGCCCCUCUGGGAUUCCCUUAAACAUGUGGCAUAAAUUUCAAGAGUUGCAUAAAAAACAUUCUGAACAGAAAACUUCAGGAUUCAGAAGGAAAAAAAGAAGACGCUCCAGGAAAGGUAAAUUGAAGAAUGAAGAAGAGUCUCAUAGUGAACAGACCGCAAAUGAAACCCAGUGGAAGGAGCUUACUCAGUAUUUUGGAAUCAAUGAUAGGUUUGACCCCCCUGUUAAAAAGAAAAAAAUUGACAAGUCAGGCCUGGAAAAGAGCAUAGACCAGGCUGUGGAAGAGUGGAACAUCGAGAAGGCUGAGGAACUCAGCAACCAGCUAGCUACUCGAGAGGAAUAAGUGAAACACAUUUUAAGCAUGUGAAGGACACAAAAUUGAUACGACUUUUCAUCAUCAUUACAAGCUAAAAAGAUUCUUUCUGUAAAAUACAUAGACCAGGCUUAUUGAUUGUUUAUCAGUUGAAGAACAUUCCAUUUAACCUAACCCAGGGCAAAAUACAGUUGGAAAAUAUACCUUUUAUACGAACAGGUCUGUUUGAAAGUAUUACCUAUAUACCUAGCCAUUUAUUAUAUUUACUUAGUCCACAGAAAUGAUGGAGCCCUCUCGUGUUAAUAUGUGUUUUAUACAUUUUAAUGAAUUUUUUUUUAAUAAAUUUAUACUAUGUCUUAUGGAAUGUAUGCUCUAAAUCCUUCCUGUGAUGCUGAUUGUGCUGGCUUGGCCUUAACAUUGCCAGAAAACUAAAAGCUUUAACUCUCUUAGGGGAUGUGACCAUGUUGAGAUGAUGAGUCCCAUUUAAAUCAGACACAUUGAGGUACUCUUUGGCUUAUCGAUCCCCAAUCCAGAAAACCCAUGUCAGGAAAUUUCAGUAAGUUAAAAAUGUAAGCUACAUCUUAAUGUACAACAGUUUUAGAAAAUAAUGUUUUCACGUGCUUAAUGGUACAUGGCAGAGAUGGUUCAGACCAUUUUUGUUUUAUCCUCCAAGUAUAGGCUCAAUUUAAAUGUGAGAUAAACUCGCCAAGUGGGACUUUUGUUGGGAGGUAGACUUGGCAAAACUAUAUCAUAUAUCAAAUUUGCAUUUGAUACAUAAUACAUAGGAAUAUAGCUAAAUAGAAAAACACAGAGUUCUACAUUUUACCUUUUGAAGGGUGAGGGGCGGGGAAGAUACUAAAUACCCUACAGGAAUGUGGAGAGACAUGGCACACAUCUUAACACAGGUAGCAAGCCGCGUUUUGUGACAGUACACGGUUUCUUAGGUACAUCUCAUGCUCCUCUGGGAGCCUACGGUUCCCCACGUUCCCAGCCGCCUUGCUUUAGGUGUGACUGUGUGAACAGUUGUGACCAGAGGACUCCAGGCAGAAACGAUGUGCGUCACUUCUGGACUAAAGCAUAUAAGAGCCAGUGUGAGACCCCCCCCAGCCGUCUCUCCCUCUGCUGCAGCAAACUUGAAAGUGACCCGUUGAGAUGCUGGUGCCACAGGAUGGAGGAGAGCCCAGCCAUGCCACUGCUGACUAGAAGUGAGAUGAGAAAUCACAGUUCAGCCAGCGGGAUUUGGGGAUUUGUCGGAGAAGCACAGUUUUGGCCAGCCUAACCUGACAGGCGCUGACCUGAUCUUGAUGUUUCUGACAGAUGAAUAGUUUUUUAGCGGAAUUCAUCUUAAUGAUAAGUCAGCCACAGCGUCUUUCCAGUUGCAUUUUCUCCUUAGAUGGUGAUGCUCUAGCUCUUUGAUUCUUAGCCUUUUCUUAGUUGACUUAUCUGAACUUUUUCUGUAAUGAAGACCUGGGAACAAAAAGACAACCAAGGGAAGGAGGCCAGUAUUGAAACUGUCAAACAGUUAAUGUCAUUGAAACCCCUUCUGCCUAGCCCCAGUGCGAAGAUGAGCGUGGUUUGGCCCCGUGCUGUGCCUCUAGCGCCUAGAACAGCGCCUGGCCUGACAGUGCCUUUGUGCCCUCAUGGUAUUUGUUGAGUGAACCUUAUCCUGUGAAAAAACAUGAUGAAGGUAGUGGUGCUGAUCAUAUUGGUGUGAAUUUGGGGACUCUGAGGUUAGUCUGCCUUCUCAAGUGCUCUCCUAAGGCACACUUGAUCCUUCUCUCGUCAGUGGCUUUCCUGUUGCUGUUGACCAGUUCUGCACUCCGGUUUGAUUCCAUUCUUUACGUAUAUUCUUACCGGGACUAGAAAAUGAAAUUAGUGUGUGCUGUGCUUCAGAAACCCCCAGCAUUGCUUGAUCCCUGCUUGUUUGUUUCGUCCUAAAGGAAACUGUUCUCCAGAAUAAGCUGAAAGAAGUGUCACUUCCCUAAGUUGGCUUCUCGUGCAUGUGCUCUUAACUGGCCCACGAUGCUGCACUGUUGGCCAGCAGAUCCCUGAAACUCGGGCUUUACCACAUUGACCUGACAGUGGCUUCUUUCUUCUCUUCCAUGUCUUUUGCCCACUCAUGUGCAUUAGGGUGAGUCCAGGGAUAGAAAGGGAAAGAAACAUCAGAAGGAGACUUUUAGCCUUUGUUGUUCAAGCUGGGUUCUUAGCAGAUAUUUUUGAGCUGUCCAUGUGGGCAGGCAUUUUGAAAAUCAGAGCCACUAAGACUAGAUCACCCUGCUUGUCCUGGAGAUACCUGCUGAAGAACAGUUUGGCAGCCAGGGAGCUGUGGAGAGCAGAAUAUGCGAACUGUAGGUUAUAGCAUAGAGACUGAAGGGCUGGAGAAGUACAGAAACAGAGACUGUUUUAGGUUGACUUAGAGAAGACUUCAGGGGAAGGGGGGUGGGUAGAAAGGAGGCUUUGUUUUGAUCGGACCUUACAGGACUGGGGCAGAUGGGUGUCAGGCCAAGCAGGAACGGAGGGGCCCGCAGAGGGAACACUUAGGUACUGUGGUCCUCAUGCCCAGCCUUCUCUCCUCUUAGCACCCUCUAUAUUCUGUUUUCUGUCAGUGAAUUAAAAGCUGUCGCCCAUCAUACAAAGUGCAUUUAUGAAGCAGUAAUUAGCUUUCCCAUGUUUUAUUAAUCACAUCUAUGACUGCCAAUCAGAGCUUCUGAUCAGCAUGAGAUAACUGAUGUGACUAUACUGAGUUGCUAUAAUUCUAGCCCAGAGCAAAGAAACUUGAUGUCUCUGUCAGUCUGCGCAGCCUUAUCAGGGGUAAAUUCCUGUUUGGCCUACUGAAAUGCUGGGAUAGCUUGAAGAUCUUCAUCAUAUCCUUGUGGACCCUCGAGGGCCCUUGGUUUGGGAAGGAUUUCCAUCCAGGAGACUGGUACAACUAGGGUAUAGGGUCUGUGGAAGGUCAGGGAAAUGUGGGCCGCAUCUGUGCAUUUGUUUACUUUGCUUCUUCAAGGGGGCCUGAGCGCAAGAAUUUCUAAUUUGUAGCUACGGCUUUCAUGCCCACGAGUUCUCAAGUAUUUGUAUGACUGUAAUUCUUGUAUUAGCCAGCAUAUUUCUUUUCACUUUUUUUGUUUUUCUCCUUUGUAAU